CGCAUAGGCAGACUCAAAGAGUUAGCAGAUACUCGAAUCGACUUGGAUUACUAUUAGACCCGAUGGAUGGACUUGCCAUCCCCACCAUCGAUUUAACAACGCGUUUUGAGAUCUAGAGAAGUCGGAAUAGGUUACGAAUUGCUAUAUUUUUGGUUAUAACUUUCUUACGGCAUCGCUCAAUAUCCCGACCGCGAGUACCUGGAUUUAAGGCCCUGGGAAUCGAGAACAAUGAGCUCAUCACGAAGCGGCCAUCUGGAACCAUUCUUCUUGAAGGAGCUUAUGCCAUGGCACCAUUUCAGCGAAGCCGUUGUCCCACGCGCCCAAUGGCCUUUCGAAAUAGAAGGCACUAACUCACUUGGAUAGAAAAGCGACUCCGAGAAGACGGCCCGACCACACCCCCACUUCGGCCCAUCUGCGGCCGUUCCCCCGGAGAAGUGUGAAGCGACCUCGAACAUGUGUUGCUCGACUCACUCUACUAUCUACCUCACAAAGUUGAAUCACACACAGAUUUGAGUGAAUAUUGGACUUCGUUUGCACUUUCUUAUGCUUUUCUGCCAAUUGGAAUCACAAUCGCGCAAUGGCGAGUCAAUUUACUCCACAUCAAAGUAAACCGAAGCGCAGAGGCCGCCCUCGGCCUCUUCCCCCCGAUGUCAACGCCCGCAAUUUAGCCCUGGAGAAAGGCCGACGAGAAGACAUGAAAAAAGACCUACUUGAGCUAGCACGUUUAGUACCUGCUCUGGCGCCCGUCCGCCGCCUGUCGAAGACCAUCGUCGUGAAAGAAGGCCUCCAGCAUUUCAAGAAGCAACGCGCAAUGUGUCUGUCUGCAGCAGGCGAUAUGCGAGAUCUGAUCGCAGAGAACCAUCGGCUAAUCGCCGAACUGAAUGAAUUGCGUUUUCUGGCUGGGGAAAGGGAUUUACCGCCGUUAGAACCAAAACCCGUCUCGGAAGCCAUGAUCCAGCUGAUGAAUGUACCCAAUGAAAUCUGUGGGACAUUUCCGGCGGGUUUUGGGGAUAACUGGGCAUACGAAUCUCACGAUGUUCGACCUGACCAAGGCAACAAUGACCUUACCAUGGACCAUGCAGCAUACUGCUCGCCAGAUGACAUACUAUUGACAGUCGAGCGACCAACUCAAGAUCAAAUCCCGGACGGCCCUAAAACUGCAGCAGAAUCUGUUCUAUUUCCCGAAUAUGCCUUGCAUGGAGAAACGCUCCCACACCUUUCCUUGAACUGUUCUCUAUCCCCGCACACGCCCGUCGAGCUCUCACAUGCAUCCAGCCACCAAGGACUCGUUACGGACAUGACUCAACUUGACAUUUACACUUCGUUUAAUACCCAGCACCUUCCGACCUUAUCCUUAGAUACAAUACCGAUUGAUGUUUCUGCAGCCUUAUGGAUGCAAGGAAUCGGCAUGCCAGAGAGCGUUCAGUCUACAUCAUGUGGAAACACGGGCGGGAUCUCGACCUUUCAGAAAGCUGGCCAAGACUACGUGUACAUGGUUUGAGAGCGAAAUAGAUCACUUGAGGAUUUUGCGGGCUAUGACUGUUCGAUCUAUACAGAAUCAUCUUAUCCUCUGAAACAAA